UCAGUGAGUAAAAUACUUCCUUCUACCAUCAAGAAAAAAUACGCAAACAAUCGGAAACCUAUUUAGAAUCACGAUUAGGGACCCAGUGAUACUAUAGGGAGGUCUUUGAGUUAAACAUCUGCUAAAGCCAGUCGAACUAUUUUCUUACAUGCGGAGGGAUUUCUAUUGACAUUCAUCCCUACAAACGUGUGCUGCCACAUUCUACCGGUAGCUUCCGAAGGGUUUGGGUGUUUGGGUUCUAGUUUUUGGUCACGCUUUACUGUCAAAAUGGCACAGGAAGAAGUAGGAGAAGAGACAAGCAAGUACCUGCCACAGCUCCUUGCAGAGAAGGACAGUUUGGACCCGUCAUUCGUCCAUGCAUCAAGACUUAUUGAGGAAGAAAUCUCCAAGCUUGAGAAGGAUGACAAGUCCAAGGAGCCACCCAAGUACAAGGAGGUGCACACUGACAAACCAUACCGCAUCUUGGAGAGAGUCCUCAUCCCAAUCAAAGAGUAUCCAAAGUUCAACUUUGUGGGUAAGCUCCUGGGGCCAAAGGGAAACUCGUUGAAGCGUCUACAGGAAGAGACUCGUACCAAGAUGUCUAUUCUGGGCAGAGGAUCCAUGAGAGACAAGAAGAAGGAGGAAGAGCUCAGAGAGUCCAAGGAUCCAAAGUACGUCCACUUGAACGAUGAGCUGCAUGUGUUGGUUGAAGCAUUUGGCCAGGUAGCUGACGCUCACCAGAGAAUUGCACAUGGCGUGGCGGAAGUGAAGAAAUUCCUCGUACCUACACAUAAUGAUGAGAUCGCGCAGCAACAGAUGGAAGAGAUGCAGUAUGUCGGCGGCGAUGCGAAUGGUGGCAUGACUUCUCCCAGAGGCCGUGGUCGCGGGCGUGGCGGCCCUGGUGGCCCGAUGUCCCGGGGAGGACGCGGAGGUGCACGGGGAGCCCCUGCUGGUAGGGGUGCGCCACCUGGCAGAGGUGCACCUGCACCCGCAGGUGGGUCACGUCGUGGAAGAGCACGUGGUCGUCGUGGAGGCCCCCCUGGUCGUGGUGGCCCAGGUUUGAGAGGUGCCCCCAGCUACCGGGGGUCCGGUCGAGGAGGUAUGGACAGCUCCAUGGGCGGAGGAUAUGGACAGGAGAGCACAGGCGACUAUGGAGGUGGCCAAGGCUUCCGCAGCAGCAGCAGAGGUGGUGGAUACAACCAGCACAGCACACAAGACUACGGAUAUGAAGAGUCCAGCUAUGACCAGGGAUACGACCAAGGGUAUGAACAGGGAUAUGGUGGUGGCUCCAGUGGAGGAGGGGGAUACAGUGAAACUCAGUCAUAUGACUAUGGCCAUGGAGCAAGCAGCGACUCCUACGGUGGAGACUAUGGUGGUGACUAUGGAAGCAGCAGUGCCGACCGCUGGGGAGGCAGUGGUGGAGCCGGCAGCCUCAGUGGUGGCCCCACCCGCCUGAAGGCUCCCGGGCCUCGCAGCCUGAAGGGGGCCUACAGAGACCAUCCCUACGGUGGCGGCGGCAGCGGCGGCUACUAGAAGGUGAAACCCACGUCGCCUGAGGGGUGACACAACAACGCUAGUGGCCGUCCACCAACCUCACCACCACAGCCAGUUCCAAUGUAAAUCAGUUGUACUUUCGUAUUUUUUGGUUGGGUUUCCAGGUUAAGGUUUUAGUGUAAUUACGCAUGUAGUGUGAACUGGUGAGUGAUGUGUCAAAAGACCCACUUUUUAAAGUUUUAUUUUUGUACCUUGGUUUCCCAAGCAACCUAGUGGGUUUUACAAGUACACAUUAACAGUGUAUGGAGUAGUCAUUCCAUUACAGCAUAGUUAAACUGUUAAAUGUACAUUACUGCAACCUACAAUCUUGCCCUGAUUCAAAGAUAAAACAGUGUUGUUGUCAAGACUUAAAUGUCCAUGGAGCCCCAUAAUGUAUUCCUUCCAAAUGUGUAUGUAAUAACCGCAAAGCUAGUGCCAUUUGCCCAGCUUGGCUGUCGGCUUAAGAAAAUGUCAAAUGUAUACCCUUAAAAAGAGUAAACCCUGUAACCCCAUGUUACCCCGUCGUAAAGUGGGCAGAAGCCAAAACCUUUGUGCUCACAAGUCUUGUGAAUAAUGCAGAAAUGUUAGGUAGGUACAUGUAACUUUUGAGCAUUAUUAGAAAGUUGUAGGUUAAUGUAAAGGACAAGGUAACCACCAUUUGAAAGUGAUGCUAGUUGCCAUUAAUGUCGUGUGUAAUGCUAUGUAAUGUGGGGCUUAAAACGUUUGUAAGUUGGAUCUCAUCUCUACAAGUUUGUUUUUCACAGGUCCGAAACUGCAAGAAAUUCCUGCAUAACUAAUAAAGCGCCAUUUAAAUGUCCUCUGUAACAAGUUGUAAACGUCCUUGAUAUGUUCACUCACUCUUGCAUUACAAAAGAUUUGUCAGAUUCAGCAUGGUUUUGAGUGUCAACGUUAGUUAUGAUAUUGUUGCCUACCCAAAGACAUAAAUGUAAAAUUCAACUUGGUAAAUUGUUACCGGAAUCCAGUCAUCAAUAAAAAUGCAACUAUAGCGUUGAUUGGAGACAAACAUAGUUCAUAGAUAAUAAAAGUGUGUAUGGAAUAAAACUUGAAAGCAGUCAUUCAGAAACCCCUACACAUGAAUGAAGAAGCCUGCUUUGCUAAUUUUCAAGAAAGUGUGUUUGUUUGAAACACCAGACGGCAAACCUCAUCUGUAUGUUAUUCAAUGUCAGCUCCUUCACAAAAGGCUUGAUCUUGCAGUUUCAUAAUGAGUUUUUCUUUUGGAUUGAACAUAGGCCAGCUAUAGCAGGGAACCCUUUUAACCUUAUCUUGUUUUCUUAUCAGAAAUCUUCACACAAAUUUUAUAUAACCUGCACAAUGACAGGAAAUAUUAAGAAUAAGUAUGCACAUGUACUGCUACUGUGGCCCCCCAAACUAUUAUUUGAUGGGAAUAUGCAGGAUAUUUUUAUAGCCAUGAAACGUUACAGGUAUAGCUUCAUAUUGAGAAUAUUUAAGUUGCUGCGUUAAGUGACCAUGUGUGGAGCACCUAAUAGUAUUUGCCAAAAUCUCUGGCUCAAUGGAAGAUAAAAACAGUUUGAGAUAAUAGUAACAAUAUGCUAUGAGUGGAUAUUUUACAUUGACGUGCUCAAGCUCUGUCCGAGUUAGCCCUGAUCUAAAUAUCCAAUAUUGCUGAAAAAGAAGGCUAAGAGAUGUACUGAAUUCUUUGCUGAGCAGUUGAGUGGGGAAAUAAGUCAGAUACGAGGCUGAACCUUUCAAGAAGACCUACCCAGCAUAACUUGAAAAAAAGUGCCUUAAUUUUCAAGGAAGUGCAAUAACUCAAUUCCUUGGUCCCAUGUAAGUAUCAUCUUUACCUUCACUAGUUAACUUGAUAUUCUAACCCGUUCAAUCAUUGUUCACACCAACUAUGUCAUUGAAAGCUAUGAAUUUCAAUAUGACACUGAGUGUUCUGAAUUCAACUGUAACCAACUCAAAUAUUUAUAUGUAUAUCCCAUUUUAAACUGUCAAUUGAUAUUGUAUCAGUAUUUCACAACGAAGAUUUCAGUUUUGUGUUGACCCAAACAAGUUGUAGUCAUGGUGAAGAUCCUGUGCACGGUCUAAUCUAAAAGGCAGUCAUUCAAAGGUGAUGAAAGUAGUUGUCAUAGGGUACCCAUAUGUAGAGUUAGUAUUCACUAAAAUUCUAAACUAACUACACCAAAAUGAAUUUCCCAGUCUUUGCUAGUUUAGGAACCCUACAGCACAAUAUAUAAAAGAUGCUAUAAAAUAGGCUGCAGCAAUUUCAAGCUUUGUGCAAAGUAGAACAAGAUAAAGAUAUCUAAUUACUAUUGAUGGUAGUAUUUUCUGUGCACAGGGUCUUUAUCAAUAGUUGUCACUUCAUCACUACAAAGAUGUAAGAUGCAUGCUAUGAUUCGACAACUUUCUAAGAAUCCAAUCAGACCAUGAUGAAGCUUUCAACAUGUUCUGUUCUGUCCCAUGUUCUGACAGCUAAACAAUGAAUGUCUCUCCCAGUUCUCAAGCUGUAGAUAAAACUGCUGCCACUAUGGCACUUUAACCAGCUCACAGAGGCAGGAAAAGGUUAAAUACAGCAUUGCAGACAAGACCAGAGUUGAAAACUUUCUCUUUGCUGCUGGUAGGUAAGACUAAUUGCUAAGUGUCCAUCCGUUGUACAUGAGGACCCUACACUUUGUUUGAUACAGUUUUUACCAGUUGAAGUUUUGAAACCCAUCCAAUCCUUAUGCUAAGUGAUUUAUAAAAAAAAAGAAUCUCAAAAAGUGCCAAAGUAAUAGGAAAAACAUAUUUGUUCAAAAUAUUAAACAUAUUUGCCUCUGGAUGUCAUGUUGAACAAAAAUAAAGAUGUGCCAUG